UACCGACCGGCAGACGGUUAGUGACAUCCGAACGGUCAACGGACGAGGUUCAACUCCGCGUUCGAUGUGUUUACGUCUUAGACGUUUCUGAAUAAUAAUAAUAAUUCGUCCACCGCGGAAUAACAGUACCGCAUAUUUACACAAACCGCGACCGGCUCAGCAUUCUGCGCAACGAUCGACAUCGAUAAACACGUCUUCGCUAUAACAGAGGUGACAGCGACAACAGCGCAAGAGUUGCAAUGGAGUCGAGAUAUAGCCGGACGAUGUGUUCGCUGGCUGUACUGAUGUUCGUAGUGGAAACGGCCACGUGCCAGCAGACAAUGUCAUUCCCAGAAGGCGAAGGCAGCAGCGGCGCCGGAGUCGCGGACAAUGGGACGACGUCGGGUGCCGGCCCCGGGAACAGGAGCGGCAAGAACCUGUUCAACUGGUUGGGCAGUUUCUCGGACGAAGGAGCUGACCCGUACCUGUCGUCGGCGAACGGCGCUUGUCUGCAGGGUGACAUGGCCGAGUGUUUCAAGGCUCGCGCCCUGUCCGGUCUGGGUGACUUCUUCGUUCGGGACGCGUACCGGCUCAACGAAAACGUGAGAGUGGUACGAUUGCGGGACGAAGACGACGACGGUGGCCGCCACGCUUCCAGGGGAUUCGAGUUCUCAUCGGAACAGCGGCCCGAGGAUACGGAAUGGGACAAGCUGGUGAAGUUCGCCACUCGCAAGGCCGAGCGGUUCUUGCGAUCAGCCGCCGUAGAGGUGCACGUGCCCGAUGAGCUGACGGAGGGUGGUCGGUACUCACCCAGGUUCAUCGACGAGAUAUCCUCCGAGCUGGACACGCUUGAGGACAAGAAGGCCAGCGUCAUCACCAAGAAGAAGGUGAAGAAGCUGCUGAUUCCCCUGCUGAUCGUGCUCAAGCUGUUCAAGCUGAAGCUUUUGCUUUUCCUGCCGCUCAUCCUGGGUCUGGCGUCGUUCAAGAAGGUGCUCGGCUUCCUGGCACUGGUCGUUCCCGGUCUCAUCGGGUUCUUCAAAUUGUGCAAACCUGAUCUCCAGCACAACUACGGUACGUUCGGGCACAGCAGCUACUACAACAGGCCGUCCAACGGUGGUGGACAUCUGCCCCAGUCCGCGCCCGUGUACUCGCCGUACCGCGAACACCAGGAACCGCAGUACCACCGCGAACACUUGGAACAACCGCAGUACCACCGCGAGCACCCGGUAGACCCGCAACAGUAUCUGUACGAGUCGGCCGACUCGCAGCCGUACAACAGCCGGCCAGCUCGGAACCAGCAGGACGCCAAGGUACCAUCUUCCGGUUCGGUCGCGUUCAAGGAUGAGGCCAACGACAUGGCGUACAACGGUUACAACAGGCAACAGUGAUGAUAAAAUCAUAAAUAACAUUUUGUGUCCAAAGAUACCGCAGCGGACACCUAACCGGAUUAUCGCUGGAUAUCCAUAUGUACAUAGAUCACUCGAUCCCCGCAAACACCGUCAUUGUCACACCCUUUAUCUAUGUCCCGCCGACUUGUCUCUCUGUGCUCACAUGUCGAACACACAAAACAUAGUCUACGACAAUCCUCUGCUGCGUAACAAUAUAUUAAUUAUCGUACGACGUCUCAACAUCGUGAUUUUUACAUUUUCUACUAGCCAUUUCGAGUAGUCGGGAUAUUUUGUACUUCUCACUAUCAUAUAUUUUGUAUCCUCUACGGGGCAAGUCUCGCCGACAAUUCGAUUUGAGUCGAGCUGUUUUUUAAAAAGUCGUGAGCGAUUUCAAUACGCAUUACCUAUAAGCGUAGUUCCUCAUAAUCUCUACGA